CUAAAACUACCAUCGGAUCACAAUUCACACUGAUCCGAUGGAUAGUGAUAAAUAAGUUUAACCUUCACCGCACACCGAGGACCACCCUAGCUAUAUUUUUUUCCAAACUAAUUUUAUUGCCUUCACUUUUGAGAUUGGAAAAUCAAGAUGGAUAAGGUGAAAAGAUUGGCAUCGGAGAAUGGGGUAGUGAUAUUCAGCAAGAGCACGUGUUGCCUGUGCUAUGCUGUGAAUGUUCUGUUUCAGGAGCUAGGGGUGAGCCCUGUAGUUCAUGAGAUUGACCAAGACCCUGAGGGGAGGGAAAUGGAGAAGGCUCUAAUGAGCUUGGGGUGCAAUGCACCUGUGCCAGCAGUUUUCAUACAAGGAAAACCGAUUGGUUCCACCAAUGAAGUCAUGUCCCUUCACCUGAGUGGUUCCUUGAUUCCGCUGCUCCAGCCUUAUCAGGCUCUUAAUUGAUUGAUGCACUGCGGUACUGAGAAAAAGCCAUACUAGAAGAAUAAAAGCUUGGCCAAGCUCCAAGAAUCAGCUCCUUGUUUAGGAGUCUAUAGAUAUCUGUGUGUGUAGUUGGCUUUAUGUAUGGAGUAGUGGGUAGCUUUCAAGUUAAUUAGCUUAAGGUUGUUUUAGCCCCUUUGCCUAGAAGAGAAAGAGGGAAGGAUUGUACCCUACUUGCUUUACCUUAAUGAAGUGUUGGAUGUGUAUUGCACUUA